GUGAAUAAUGUCAUGGAGGAUGCAGCGGCCAAUAUGAUCGUGCAGUCGCCCUACCUGUGCCUCCUGUUCCCGGUGACCGCCGGCCAGCAGGGUCCCGCGCUAGGCUCCGACGAGGAGGAGAUCGUCCUGCUCACCUACGUGCUCGUCGACCCCGACUGCAACAAGGUGGUCAACAUCCAGCAAUAUGUGGUCAAACCGCGGACGGCGGACAUCAACGAAAGCAUCCUGUCCGAACAGUGUUUGGCAGAGACGACGCUGACGGAGGCCGCGGUAAAGGCGGCCGAGCCCCUGGAGACCGUCCUAGCUAAGUUUGAGUCGUACGCGAGGACCUAUCUGUUUGCGGGCGAGCGGCCGCGUGGCAUCGAGUUCAUCGCCGACGGCCAACUUGCCCUGCGACAAUGCCUGCACCCCGAGGCGUGCUCCAAGAACAUCCAACUGGCCGAGUUCUACGAGAGCUUCUACGACCUGAGGAAGGAAUUCUGCGCGUUUUAUCACGCCGAGGAGAUCCACUCAAUCAGAGCCAUGGUUGAAUAUCUGCAAAUGCUUCCCAAUCCGGAUCUGGACCGGAUCGAGUUCCAAGCCCGAGAGGUCCGCAACAUGUUAAGUCUGGUUUUAAGGCUGAUUGCAGACGGCCACAAAUUCGAACACCCAGAAGUGAUAACAGUGAGAUUGGAACCUGGUAUAUGCUCAAAGAAUGAAGAGGUAGACUCCAACUGUGUGGUUCGUGCUCGCGGUCUUCCCUGGCAGUCGUCAGACCAGGAUAUCGCUAAAUUUUUCCGAGGCUUGAAUGUGGCUAAAGGUGGCGUUGCCCUUUGCCUAAGUCCACAAGGAAGAAGAAACGGUGAAGCGCUCGUCCGAUUUGUAAGUCAAGAGCAUCGAGACAUGGCCCUUAAACGCCACAAGCACCACAUAAACAACCGCUACAUAGAGGUCUACAAGGCCAGUGGCGAGGACUUUGUCAAUGUGGCCGGCGGCAGCAACAACGAGGCCCAGGCCUUCCUCUCACGGGGCGGCCAGGUCAUAAUCCGAAUGAGGGGUUUGCCGUACGACUGCACUGCCCGACAGGUGCUCGAGUUCUUUGACUCGGGCAACAACCCGUGCUCGGUGCUUGACGGGGAGGAGGGCGUGUUGUUUGUGAAAAAACCUGAUGGACGCGCGACAGGCGACGCAUUUGUCUUAUUUGCUCAAGAGGAGGACGCCACGGCUGCCCUCAGCAAGCACAGGGAGCUGAUUGGCACCAGAUAUAUAGAACUGUUUAGAAGCACUACAGCUGAAGUGCAGCAGGUGCUUAAUCGGUCCAUGGAUCCAAAAACGUACGAGCAGCAGCAACCGCUGAUUGCACAAAUUCCCCAAGUGCCUCUCCUUCCACAACAUAUAAUAACAAGUGGAACUCGAAAGGACUGCAUCAGACUCAGGGGCCUCCUGUACGAGGCUCAAGUAGAACAUAUUUUGGAAUUUUUGGGCGAGCAUGCCAAGAAUAUUGUCUUCCAAGGAGUGCAUAUGGUUUACAAUGCACAGGGACAGCCGUCCGGAGAGGCCUUCAUACAAAUGGACUCGGAGCAGAGUGCCUUCCUGGCUGCCCAGCAGCGCCACAACCGGUACAUGGUGUUCGGAAAGAAGCAGCGCUACAUCGAGGUGUUCCAGUGCAGUGGCGAGGACAUGAACCUCGUCCUGACUGGCGGUAUCCCGGCCCAGAAGGUCCUCACCUCGCCUGGUGCUGUGCUGCCUCCACCGUACGGCGCAGCCGGUUUCCCGUACGUGCCUCAGCCGCAGCCGUCUCUCAUCCCUGCGGCCACUGCGGCCCCCCUGACGCCGAGGGCGGCGGCUCCAGCCUUCGGCUUCCCUCCGAUCUUCUACUGGCCAUACCCGUCGCCGCCGGUGAGCCCGACCUCGUACUACGCCGGCGUGCCACCCCCGCCGCCUCACCAGGCUGCCCCCACGCUGGGGCUGACACUCACUCACUGUGCUUCUUGCCACGUUGCACCCCCAGACUGGCGUCCAAAUUUUGCCCCCAGAUCACCCAGGACUGCAUCCAAAUGCAACGAGGGUGUGACGGCCGACCGACCGGCGAAGCCAUCGUCGCCUUCCCCAGCAGAGCUGGCGCUGAGCGUGCGAUCCUGGAGAAGAACCGUCAGAGCGUGGGCAACCGCUAUGUCGAGUUGUUCAUGGUGUAAAUACGCGAAUGAGAGUAAAAGCAAAAUAAGAAGAAGUGCGCCCAAGUACGCGUCCGUACUGUACAUAACUCUAGCAACAAAGAUCACGCCUGUCUUCCUUAAUUUUAAGAAGUACAAAAUUCAUGACAGAUUUGAAAACAUUGAAAAAAUACAAACGAGGCCACGUCGCGUUGAGUCACCAAAAAUGAAAAUCCUAGUCUGUGCACCGCCUUUGUCUUGCUUCGCCGCUCAACCAAUACUCCAAAAAAAAUAAUGAACGGAAUCAACUUGAUUGAUUGCUAUUAUAUUAAUUUUUCUUAUAUCCCUGUGAUAGCUGGAACAAAAUUCACUAUCCCCAAAAAAUGGUCGGAGAUCUCAAGUGAGAGAGAAAAAGAGAAGGAUGGAUAUCGAGUGCAAUUUAUUUUGAUGGCCCCCACACUGUCUAAAGUGCACUAAUUUUUUAAAAAGAAUCGUAUAUUGUUGUUACUCACAUAAUAACUAUUAUUAUUAUACUAUUUUAAAUGAAUUGCUAUUAUCAUUAUUGUAGCCUACCAAGCUAUGUUGUUCUAAUAAAACAAUAUUCUGCUUUUGAAUGUUAAA